GAACUAUAGAUGCCCACUAGAGUAAUCUAUGCUGACCCCAUGAGCAUGGCCAGCAAGGGGUCAUCCAGCCUCUGUUGGAGUAUUUCUAAUGACUACAACGUACCAUCUCCUGAGAAGGCCUUUCUGACAUCAGUCAUCCUUUCCCAGGGGCUUGACCAGCCUUCAAAGAACCAGAGACAACUCUUCUCUCUCCCAAAUGAGAUUUCCUUGGUCUUUUGACCAUUUCUCAUAUGGUAUUGGUUCAAGUUUCCUCACCCUCCUGGCCAUCCAUACCUGAGCCUUCUUUAGCUUUGUCUGGGACCUCUCAAAGAGUAGUCCUGAAACUUGAACACAGACUCCAGUGUCAUCUGCCUCAAGCACAGAGGCUUAAACUUUGGAACAAAUAUCGAAUUUCCAACAUUCCAUCACUAAUAUUCCUAGACGCCACCACUGGGAAGGUCGUGUGUAGGAAUGGGCUGCUGGUGAUCCGUGAUGACCCAGAAGGUUUGGAAUUCCCUUGGGGACCUAAACCCUUCAGGGAAGUCAUUGCAGGGCCCUUACUUAGAAAUAAUGGGCAGUCUCUGGAGAGCAGCAGCCUGGAGGGGUCUCACGUGGGAGUCUAUUUCUCCGCACACUGGUGUCCACCUUGCCGAAGCCUCACCCGGGUCCUGGUGGAAUCCUACCGGAAGAUCAAGGAGGCAGGCCAGAAAUUUGAGAUUAUCUUUGUUAGUGCAGACAGGUCAGAGGACUCAUUCAAACAGUACUUCAGUGAGAUGCCCUGGCUCGCUGUCCCCUACACCGACGAGGCCCGGCGGUCACGUCUCAACCGCCUGUAUGGCAUCCAAGGCAUCCCCACCCUCAUUGUGCUGGACCCGCAGGGGGAGGUGAUCACACGGCAGGGGCGGGCGGAGGUGCUGAACGACGAGGACUGCAGGGGGUUUCCGUGGCACCCGAAGCCUGUGCUGGAGCUCUCGGACUCCAACGCUGUGCAGCUCAACGAGGGCCCCUGCCUCGUCCUUUUUGUAGAUUCUGAGGAUGACGGGGAGUCCGAAGCAGCCAAACAGCUGAUUCAGCCAAUAGCCGAGAAGAUCAUCGCCAAGUACAAAGCCAAAGAAGAGGAGGCUCCGCUUCUGUUCUUCGUAGCGGGGGAGGAUGAUAUGACUGACUCCCUGCGAGAUUACACCAACCUGCCCGAGGCUGCCCCUUUGCUCACCAUUCUGGACAUGUCAGCCCGGGCCAAGUACGUGAUGGACGUGGAGGAGAUCACCCCUGCCAUUGUGGAGGCCUUUGUGAAUGACUUCCUAGCAGAAAAGCUCAAACCAGAGCCCAUCUAGUGGGGCUCCGGCCUCAUGAGACGUUAUUUAAAACUCAGUCUUCUCCUCCUCCUUCUUCCCUUCCUUCCCUCCGCCCAUGGACUUUUCCAGCGUGUCCUGAAUCACACAACCCAAGUGUCCAACCUCUCUGUGGUGCCUUGUUUUCUGCAUUAACUCCUCAGCUAGCACCCUAGGGUGCGCAUCCUCUCAGCAGCAGAAGAACCCACCAUGUUUGGAGACUCUGCUUGGGAUUGACAGGGCUGCCGUAACCUGGCCAGAGCUGGGGCUGCAUCACUCUCUUAGUCACCAGCUCUUGGUGAAGUAUCUUCCAGGGUGUUCUGCCGAGUGGGCGUGAAGGGACAGCGCAUUGGUGCUCUGGCUCUGCCUCUGGUGUCAGCAUGCACACGCAGAGCCGACUCAGCUCAGUGACACAGGUGGAGCAGGGAAAGGGCUGCAGCCUCAUUAGGCCUCAGCUUGGAGCUGCUGGUGGGAACAUCCUUUCCUAGGUGACUUAGUCUGUCUUGGUCUGAGGGCAAAACACUAGCUUGUCAGUCAGUUCUUAGGCAGGGACUACCUGGAUCUCAAAGGAAGGUUGUGGUCUUUUCUGGUGAGAAAAAGAGUAGCUAUGGUAAUGAUUCAUAUAGGAAUUGCUUACUUUGAGCUCCUACCAUGUGAUAAGAGCUUCUCAUUCCUUCCUUCUCUCUCUUUCUUCCUUGAUCUUGGCCUUCUCUAAGUUUCUGUCUUCUCAUACAAACAGCCCCUACUAGCUUGGAAUUUUGUUAAUAAAUUCUUCCCCUUGGACAUCGUCCCAAGAAGAUGCACUUGGCCCUGGUUCUUGAAGGAAUGCUGCCUCACCAGUGCAGACCUCAGCCCAGCUCUGGGCCUAGGGCCGCUGGAGCUCUGGUGAGGUGGCAGUGCCCACCUUUGGUUACCCCUGCCAUUCCCUUUUCUUUUUAAAGCAGAAUUAAAAAGAGACGAGAAAUUACCAGAAGCCUAGCUUUUUCCUAAGAAGCUGCAGAAAGAGCUGUGCCCCAGGGUAUGAGUAAGGGCAGAGGACAUGUUGAUAAAGAGUAGGCCUUGGAGCCACUUAGCUAGACCCAGGUAGCUCAGCUUCUUAUUUGGGCUGAACUGACUACAAAAAGGAAAAUUUCAGCACCUGUGUACUAAGGAUUUGGGAAAGAGGGCUUUGCCUGGGGACUUUCAGGAUUUUAGCCUAUCUCAGCCAGCCAGAUGUCAGAGUCUUUAAAACACUUCCAGGCCUUACCCCUGGCUCCACUUCACAGCACUCUGCCAACUAAGAUCAUUUAUUUGGAAAACCCAGCUCCCCCAAUUAGCUGUAACACCAUUGCUCCUUGCCAAAUUGAAUUGUUGAUUUGUAGUUCAGAGGUACAAAAUUAGUUGGCAAUUAGACUAUUACUCGAUGUCACCAGCCUGAAAUGCAAUCACCUAGUAAGAAAUAAAGCAGGCAUCUCUGGACGUUAUCAA